GGAACGGGAGCUGCUUCUGCGUCGCGAUCUCCUGAAAUCCCCUUGGUGUCUUCGUAGAUGAAAAGUCUCAACAUCCUUUUUGUAUUGUGGUGACCACCACACACUAGAAGAGACAAGUCUCACUGCAGUCAUUUGAAGUAGCAUUUCAGGCCACCAAAAGAGAAAGAAGACAUGUCAUUUCGAGGGAGAGGUGGAAAUAAUCGUGGUGGAUUCAGCCGUGGUGGCGGUUUCAACAGAGGAGGAAGAGGUGGUGGAAGAGGUGGAUUUGGACGUGGAGGAGGACGUGGUGGCUUUAAUAGAGGCGGUUAUGACCAAGGACCUCCAGAAAGUGUAGUUAUUCUUGGACACUUUAUGCAUCCCUGUGAAGAUGAUAUUGUUUGUAAAUGCGUCACUGAAGAAAACAAAGUACCUUAUUUCAAUGCACCAGUUUAUUUAGAAAAUAAAGAACAAAUUGGGAAAGUAGAUGAAAUAUUUGGGCAACUUAGAGACUUUUACUUUUCGGUUAAACUGUCAGAAAACAUGAAAGCUUCAUCUUUUAAAAAACUACAAAAGUUUUAUAUCGAUCCAGCAAAAUUGCUUCCUCUGCAGAGGUUUUUGCCAAGGCCUCCUGGUGAGAAAGGAGCCCCAAGAGGUGGGCGAGGUGGAAGAGGAGGGCGAGGAGGACGAGGUGGAGGAGGUAGAGGCUUUGGAGGUGGCCGAGGUUUUGGAGGUGGCCGGGGUUUUGGAGGUGGCAGAGGUGGUGGAGGCUUCAGAGGAGGACGAGGUAGAGGUGGUGGCCGAGGAUUUAGGGGAAGAGGAUACUGAGUGGAGCUGCUGGAAAUUUAUGGCUUCAUUAGUGAAAUGUAAAGAGAAGACUUCUUAUGAACUUGAAUGCUACAAAAUGGAAACAAUUUUAAGCAUACAGUUAGCUGAAGGAGAAAAGUGUUACCAUGCCAAAAGUUCAUAGGUUUCUUUUAAUAUGCAACAGUUUUAAGGAGAACUACAGAUAUCUGACUUGCAAUCUAUGUCAUUAUUUGGAGACAUUAAGUGGAAGGUUAUUCUUAAACUUUUUUAAAGGGACUGUUUUUAAUGUCAAGAAUUUAUCCUCUUAUAUCGUCAGUGAAACUAAGUAACAGCUUUAAAAGGUAUCUACUUUAAAAUGUCAAAUAAAAAUCUUUUGGAUUUCUGGUAGUUGAUUUUAAAUUAGUAAUUUAUAGAUCCACUCUGAAUGUAUCAAAACAUCUUAAUUAGUUCCAAUAGAAAAGAUACGUUUAGUUCAGGGUUGAACUGUGGAGUCCUUGGUGCUCUUUGAAUUGCUUGUUUACUUGCAGAUUUCUUAUUACCCAGCUCAGUUACAUUAUCAGGGCACUGAUGAUGUUAUGUAGUUGGUGACCCAGCCUUAACAAGUAAUGAUAAGCUGCUUACUCACAAAUAAACACAAACCCCUUUUCAAACAGAAUAGGAACAGUCUUUUAUUCACGUUGUUAAUAAAAAAACCAAACAUAUUUAGUCCCAGCAGAUGUGGUUCUGGCAUAGAAAUCCGAAUUGUUUGCUGUAUCCUAAAAAUGAACGGUUGUAUGAGACAACCGGCCACUCCCAAACCCCUACUAUUUAUUUCCCAGAAUGGGAGGGUCUGGCUAGCAUCCACAUCUGCUUUUCCCUGAGAGCCGGCUUAUUGUUUUCCUUUGCUCUCCUCUCUUUUCCUUUCUGCGCAUACAUACAUCUGGGAUGGGCCCCAUCUGUUCUUCCCCUCACUCAGAUCCAGACCCCGAAAAUGGCUGCCUCUCCACCUGGGGGAGGAUGGAAGGCCCUGGCUUUGCCUCUGUAUCUGAUGCUGUUUCCUUAUCAGAGCCUUCCAAAGGCUUCGAAGCUGGCUCAGCCUCUUCCCUCCAUCUCCUCCUCGUCUGACUCUGCAGCUAGCUCUGCUGGCAGCCGACGGGCCACAACAGUUGGGUAACGCAAUGUUUCAGGCAAACAAACUCAGAGAGUACCAAGGAUUCCAAAUCUAAAUUAGUUUUUUAGUUUUUAGUUUACUUUAUUGUCAUUGCACCUCGUACAACGAAAUUAAAUGCCAUCUUCAGUUGGGAUUUCAAUUAGGAUUUGAAAUAUAAUAUUUUAGCAUUUCUAGUUGCAGCGGCCAAUAAUGUUUUACAGAAUAAUGCUCAAAGGUCAUAACUUCCAUUUGUUUGAUGCUGAAUGUGAGAUGAAGAUGACUAUAUCUUGUAUUUAGCUCUCUGGUUUAAAUGUCAAAAUGACAAAAUGUAAAAAAGUAUCAUCACUAUAUGUGAUGUUUGAUUAUCCAGAAAAAUUUAUAUAACAGGCUUUAAGACAAACAGAAAAUUAAUUCACAACUUGAUUGGCUGAACAAAUUCUUCAGCGACCCCUUUAUGAACUGAUUGAAACAUACCUCCAAAUUUGUUAUUAAUUAAAUUAAUAAAUUAAAACAGCUGGGUUUCUGAAAGGCUUAGUGGAUGCUUUUCUUGUUUCCGGUAUAUAAGAUACUUUUGAGAAGUAUUAUCUGUAGUUUCCUGAAGAAAGAAUUUUCCAGACUGCUUUUUUUUUUUCUAUUCAAGCUCUGCCAUGCGAAAUGUUUCUUGGUCUGUAACAUUAGGAAAUGUAUAAUGUGCUGUCUGUAUAUAUGAGUGGAUCUCUGGUGCGCAUAAGGUAUCCCAUGUGCAUUUUAUACUUACAGAUCUUCUGAAUUUUGAAAAUAAAUUAUUUGUAAGA